UCUCCUACUGCUUCCCUUGGGCCCGUUUGGGGAUGCUGGCACCCUUCCUCCCUUCCGCCCGUGCGUGACACCUCUCCGGGGAUGCUGAGAGGACUCCGCGAGCAGCGGGAGGGGCAGAGGAGGAAGCCGGGGUGACAGAGCCCCGGAGCCGGCAGGGGAAGGCACAGUUACCUGCCGGGUCUGCUGGGCGGUGCUGGGCUGGGCGCUCCCGCGGGCGAAGGGCAGCUCCCUCCUCCUCCUCCUCCCUAUCUGCCCGCUGCCAGGCGCAGGCAGCUCCCUCCCCGGGCAGCCAGAGCCCCACACGGAAGUCAAGUCACUGCUGGGUGCACAUGAGACCUCGGGCGAAGGAGCUGGGGAAGGAAAGCAGAGCGGCUGAGGAGCCCCGCGGGCCCGGCAGCUCAUCCCACCGGCGGCACAGAGACCCCCCGGCACCUGCCCGGGGACGGAGAGAGGCUCCCCACGGCACCAUGCAGGAUGAAAUCCUAUUGACCCCCUGGAGGGAAUUUCCUGUCGAGGACUCAGACCCCUUUGCCCCCCCGGAUGAAGAGAAGUGGGAUUACAUCCUGGUAAGCAAUAUUCAUGAAGCGGGCAGCAAGAAGGAGAUCAAGAGAAAGAAGUUCCUGGAUGAGCUGAGCAAGAAGGGCUUCACCAUCAAGAAAAUUGAGGACAAGAAGCUGUUUUAUGGAGUCCGUGCCCCAAACCACAUCUUCCGGAAGUACCAGUGGCUCCUGAGGAACCCCGACAGCAGGCUGCAAAAGCCCGAUGACAAUCACGAGGUCCCAGUGACCACCAGGAUACGGAUUGUGAACUUCAUCCUGCAGAACACGGUGACAGCCGAUGGUGAGAAGCUGCAUGACCUGAUGAAGAAGAAGGUUUUCGAGGCAACAUUUCCCCUGCACGAGAAAGAAGAGAUAAGGGAAUUCCUAAAGGAACACUGGGCUCGCUGGAGGGAAAUAUUCCGCCAACAGCCGAUUGAGAAGAUCAGGUGCUAUUUUGGGGAGAAGGUGGCCCUGUACUUUGCCUGGCUGGGCUGGUACACCUACCUGCUGGGCUUUGCUGCAGUGGCUGGGCUGGUGGUCUUCGUAGCUGGGAUUACCACCUUCCAUUCCAGCCAGGUGAGCAAGGAGAUCUGUGAAGCCAACAGCACCAUCAUGUGCCCGCUCUGCGACCAGAAGUGCCCGUUCUGGCUGCUCUCUGACACCUGCCUCUAUGCCAAGGUCACUUACAUGAUUGACAACGAGGGGACAGUUUUGUUUGCCAUGUUCAUGGCGAUCUGGGCCACCGUGUUCCUGGAGCUGUGGAAGAGGCAGAGAGCCACUGUGGUCACCAACUGGGACCUGUACAGGUGGGAUGAGGACGAGGAGGAGCUGGCUAUGGACCUGAUCAACAACCUGCAGCACGAGCCCCGGCACUACCAGCACUCCUACUUCCGCAGCACCAUCCUCCUCCUCUUGGUUCUGCUGAUGAUCGCCGUGCUGAUCGGCAUCGCCCACGCGCUGGUCAUUUACCGGGUGGUCGCCACAGCCCUCUUCACCCAGAGCUCCUCCGAGUUCGUCCGCGAGCAGGCCAACAUGCUGGCCAUGGUGACGGGGGCCGUGCUGCACUACUGCACCAUCGUCAUCAUGACCAAGGUGCGGGGCGGCCAGCGGGUCUUCCCCCCUGCUUUCCCACCACCAGCCCUCCCCUCACCCCGCGCCUCUCUCCUGCAGGUCAACCGGCGCGUGGCUCUCUUCCUCUGCGAUCUGGAGAAACCACGGACCUUCUCCCAGCGAGAGAACAACUUCACCGUCAAGAUCUUCACCUUCCAGUUCUUCACAAACUUCUCCUCACUCAUCUACGUUGCCUUUUUCCUGGGACGGAUCAACGGCCACCCAGGGAACUACGUGCGCGUUGCUGGCCGGUGGAGGCUGGAGGAGUGCCACCCCAGCGGCUGCAUCACCGACCUCUUCAUCCAGAUGGCCAUCAUCAUGCUGCUCAAGCAGACCCUCAGCAACAUGAUGGAGUACCUCGUCCCCUGGGUGAAGCACCAGGUACGCAGGCGGUGCCGGCGCCCCAAGAGGAGAAGGAUGAUGUUGGGGGAGGAGGAGGAGGCCGAGGACCCCUGCAAGAGGCAGUGGCUGAGCAACUAUGAACUCGACGAGGUCAACAUCUUCAGCUUGUUUGACGAGUUCCUGGAGAUGGUGAUCCAGUACAGCUUCACCACCAUCUUCGUGGCUGCCUUCCCCCUGGCCCCACUGCUGGCCUUCUGCAACAACCUGCUGGAGAUCCGCCUGGACGCCAUCAAGAUGAUGCGGCUGCAGCGGCGCAUGGUGCCCAGGAAGGCCAACGACAUCGGAAUCUGGCUGCAGGUCCUGGAGGCCAUCGGCAUCCUGGCGGUCAUCGGGAACGGGCUGGUGAUCGCCAUCACGUCCGACUUCAUCCCCGUGCAGGUCUACAAGUACAUGUACAGCCCCUGCAUGAAGGGAAACAACACUGGUGUGGACUGCACAACCGGCUACAUCAACCACAGCCUCUCCGUGUUCCGCGUCCAGGACUUCGAGCCCUACACGAAGGUGCCUGAAACGCUGCCAGACUUUGUCAGGAAUGAGAUCCAGGAGUGCAGGUACCGGGAUUACAGGAACGCCGAUGACUACAGCUACACAGUCCAGUUCUGGCACAUCUUUGCAGCCCGGCUGGCCUUCCUCAUCCUCUUUGAGCACGUGGCUCUCUGUGUCAAACUGAUCGCAGCCUGGUACGUCCCUGAUGUCCCCCAGUCGGUUAAGAAUCAAUUUCUGGACAGAAAACACAACGACCUUCGUAAAGAAUUGAGCAUGAUGGAAUACUCCACCGAGGUGUAGCCUCCGCUCUCAGGGGGCAGGAGGAGCCGCUGCGGCAGCUCCGCGGCGAUGGGCCCCAUCCAGCUGGGACUGGGCUGGGAAGUGACAACACGGUGCUGGCUCUGCUGGAGCAGGCUCUGCUGGAGCAGGGUGUUUUCCCUGGCACGGCUGCGAGGAGGAGGUAAGUGAUGGCAGAGCCAGGAGCGGUGCCUGCCCAGCACGCCGAGCAGCCGGGAGGAGCUUUGGCACCAGGACACACCAGGGUCCUGCUGGUCUGCAGGAGACCAGCCGGCUUCAUCAGACACGGCUUUAAUGUGCACCUCGGCACGGCAGGAAAAGCCAGUUCCCUCGUUCCAGCUUCCCUCUCCAGCUCUCCUAUUGCACUUUGGCCCCAUUUCCCUCUGCCUUCAGUGACCUUCCUGCUCUUGCACCGCUGAGAAGCUCCUUCCUCGUUCACCACAGCCAGCACAAUCCUCUUGGCACGACGACUGCCCGGACACUGCUGACACAGACACUGGGAAGGUGCAGCUGCUGGCCAGACUGUGCUUUGCUGCGGGCUCUGCUGGGGCUCUGCACCCCCUGAGCACACCCAACACCUCUGCCUGCCUCAGCUGCCACGAGCAAAGCGGUACAUAAACCUCCCACCCGUGCGGACACGAGUGGCCAGAUCUUCAGCUGCCACCAAGUCCCUGUGCCCACACCGGUCUCACUCCCACCUCCCUCCUUUGCCAUCUGCAUCACCAAAGAAUUUGUCCUCCCCAAAG